AUGCUGCGGCUGGUGCCGCUCGGUGCGGCCGUGCGGCAGCUGCCCGCGGGCCCCGCCAGCCGGGCCCGGGCCUGGGCCUGGGCCUGGCCGCUCGGGCCCGGCGGGGUCCUGCCGCGGCGGGCGGGCGGUAGCGGGUGGCGCCCGGCUCUGAAGACGCCCAAGGGCACCCGCGACCACCCGCCAGCGCAUACGGCGCUCCGUGACCGGCUGCUCGCCGCCGUGGUGGCCUGCUUCAAGCGGCACGGCGCGGCCGCCAUCGACACCCCCGUGCUGGAGCUGCGGGAGACGCUGAUGGGGAAGUACGGGGAGGAGGCAAAGCUCAUCUACGAGCUGCAGGACCAGGGAGGGGAGCUGCUGGCCCUGCGCUACGACCUGACUGUGCCCUUUGCUCGCUAUCUGGCGAUGAACAAGAUCACCAACAUGAAGCGCUACCACAUCGCCAAGGUCUACAGGAGGGACAACCCAGCCACCACCCGGGGCCGCUACCGGGAGUUCUACCAGUGCGACUUUGACAUUGCCGGGCAGUUCGACCCUAUGAUUCCCGAUGCCGAGUGCCUGAAGAUCGUGCACGAGAUCCUGAGUGACCUGCAGCUCGGGGACUUCCUCAUCAAGGUUAACGACCGGCGGAUUUUGAAUGGGAUAUUUGCUGUCUGUGGGAUCCCAGAGAGCAAGUUCAUAACGAUGUGUUGUAGCGUGGACAAACUGGACAAGGUGCCAUGGGAAGAAGUGAGGAGCGAGAUGGUGGGGGAGAAGGGGCUCUCUCCCGAGGCUGCGGAUCACAUCGGGGAGUACGUCCAGCUCCACGGUGGCCUGGAGCUGAUCGAGCAGCUUCUCCAGGACCCAAAGCUGUCCCAGAACAAGCUGGCCAAGGAGGGGCUGGGGGACAUGAAGCUGCUCUUUGAGUACCUGACCCUGUUUGGCAUCACAGGGAAGAUCUCCUUCGACCUGAGCCUGGCGCGGGGCCUGGACUAUUACACGGGGGUGAUCUUUGAGGCUGUGCUGCUGCAGCAGGAGAACGACCACGUGGAGGAGCCGGUGAGCGUCGGGAGCGUGGCUGGAGGCGGCCGCUACGACGGGCUGGUGGGGAUGUUCGAUCCCAAGGGACGGAAGGUGCCCUGCGUGGGGAUCAGCAUUGGCAUCGAGCGGAUCUUCUCCAUCCUGGAGCAGAGGAUGAAGGCUUCUGGAGAGAAGGUUCGAACAACUGAGACGCAAGUGCUGGUGGCUACACCUCACAAACACUUACUUGCUGCGAGACUGAAGCUCAUCUCCGAACUGUGGGGUGCAGGGAUCAAGGCAGAGAUGCUGUACAAGAAGGAUCCUAAACUGCUGAAGCAGCUGCAGUAUUGUGAGGACAUGGGGAUCCCCCUUGCUGCCAUAGUAGGGGACCAAGAGCUGACAGAUGGAGUCGUCAAGCUGCGAGAUGUUGCAACAAGAAAGGAGGUUGAUAUCCCAAGAGAAAAGCUUGUUGAUGAGAUCAGAAGGCGGCUGGAGCCUUAGGAGUUUUCAGGCCAGAGCUGCUUGACUGGACUGCUGUACAGCGGAACCCUCAGCACCGUCUGCCAGCCGGAGGCUCAUCUGCCUGGGCUGAGGCAGUGUCAACAUGGGCUGUCUGCGUGGAAAGGAGCAAGUGGGUUUUAAAGGUUAUGGACAGUGCAGUCACCAGCUUAACCUUGUGGUUAACUGCUCAGAAGGAUGCAUCAACACUGUGGGUUCCUGCUAUUGCCGUACCUGUACCUGCAGCCCUUUCCACAGCGGUGGUGGUGCCACAGGCACAGAUGGACGUGGUGCGGCUCGAGCAGGAUUGGGCUGAGCUCUGGAGUGCAUGUGGGGUGCUCUGUGGUGCGGUGCGAGCCCCGAGGCUCAGGACCCAGGGAGAGGGUCGCAGUGGAGAGACACCUCCUGCCCUCUCAGGGCUGCAGCGGCCAGCCCCAGCCUGCGGCGAGCACAGACCUCCCCGGGAGGGACACGGCUGGGGCAGGGGCAGGCUCCGGCCGGGGCGGGCAGGAACCCCGUGUUUUAUGUAUUAAAGCCGAACUAAACCGCA